GUGAAAGUGUUUUCAGGUGAAAGUCAGCAGGAGUUUUAUUUUUUGUGAUCAGAAAAACAUGUGGCUCUUUUGGAGGAAAAAAUCAUCAGAUGAAACGAAGGAAAGGCCUGUCUCACCUGGACCCAGCUGUGUGUCCUUUCAGAGUGACCACUCAAUGACGCAGCCUCUCCGUUUUACAGAUGGCGCAUCCUCUGUGGAAAGAACCCCAAAACAGGAACCAGAAAACAGCUGCAGAAAUUUGAUAGAGUCCGUAUUCCAGCUGGAGCACAAAGUCAUCACAUUGGUGAAGAAUGAACUGAACAAUUUAAAGAAGCUACUGAGUGCUGAUUACCCAGAAUGCUCUGAGAAGGAGGAGAAAGCGGAGGAGGAGGAUCUGGACCGUAUUAGAGAGAGUGUGCUGAAGAUCACACUGCGUAUCCUGAAGAACCUGAAGCAGAAAGAUCUCGCUCACCAACUGCAGAUCAAGCUGGCCUCUGUAUAUCAGCGAAAACUCAAAUCCAGACUUGGAGAUAAAUUUAAAAGGAUAAAUGAAGGAAUCUCCCAGCAUGGGACAUCAGUACUUCUGAAUCAGAUCUACACAGAGCUCUACAUCACAGAGGGCUGGAGUGAAGACAUCAGUGAUGAACAUGAGGUGAGACAGAUUGAGACAGUGUCCAGGAGACCAGUAACAGAGGAGAAACCCAUCAAAUGUAAUGAUCUCUUUAAAGACACGUCCAUCAGAAGUGUGCUGACUAAAGGAGUUGCUGGAAUUGGAAAAACUGUCUCUGUGCAGAAGUUCAUUCUGGACUGGACUGAAGGGAAAGUGAAUCAGGAUGUCACCUUCAUGUUUCCACUUCCCUUUAGAGAGCUGAAUCUGAUGAAGCAGCAAAACCUCAGUCUGAUGAAUCUUCUUCAUCAGUUUUUCCCUGAUAUUAAGGGCCUAGAAGUAAUAGAGAGUGAUACCUACAAAAUCCUGUUGAUCUUCGAUGGUCUGGAUGAGUGUCGACUUCCUCUAGAUUUCCAGAACAAUAAGAGAUUGUGUGAUGUGACCGAGUCGGCCUCAGUGGAUGUGCUGUUGACGAACCUCAUCAAGGGGAAUCUGCUUCGCUCUGCUCUCCUCUGGAUAACCACUCGACCAGCAGCAGCCAAUCAGAUCCCUUCUGAGAGUGUAGACCAGGCAACAGAGAUACGAGGGUUCAGUGAUCCUCAGAAAGAGGAGUACUUCAGGAAGAAGAUCAGUGAUCGGAGCCUGGCCAAUAAAAUCAUCACACACAUGAAGUCUUCAAGAAGCCUCUACAUCAUGUGCCACAUCCCAGUCUUCUGCUGGAUCUCAGCCACUGUUCUCGAAAGAAUGUUAGGUGAAGCAGAGAGUGGAGAGAUCCCCAAGACUCUGACUCAAAUGUUCACACACUUCCUUAUCUUUCAGAUCAAACACAAGGAACAAAAGUACCAUGGAACAUAUGACCCUGAUUCUCAGCAGACCAGAGAGAGUAUCCUGGCACUGGGAAAACUGGCUUUCCAACAACUGGAGAAAGGAAACCUGAUCUUCUAUGAGGAAGACCUGAGAGAGUGUGGCAUUGGUGUUCGAGAAGUGGCAGUGUACUCAGGGGUGUGUACUCAGAUCUUCAGAAAAGAAUCAGGACUCUACCUGGGGAAGAUGUUCAGCUUUGUGCAUCUGAGCAUUCAGGAGUUUUUGGCUGCGUUGUAUGCAUUUCUCUGCUUUCUUGACAAAACUCCAACAAAAGAGCAAACUACUGCUCUGUCUGGUCUUUUCAACACAUCAGAAAUGUCUGACUUCCUCAAAGGUGCAGUGGACCAGGCCUUACAGAGUGACACCGGACACUUGGAUCUUUUCCUUCGCUUCCUUCUGGGCCUCUCAGUGGAGUCCAAUCAGAAGCUCAUUCGAGAUCUGCUGCCACACACAGGAAGCAGCUCUGACUGCCAGAAGGACAUAGUUGAGUACAUCAAGUUCAAGUUUGAACAAAAUCCAUCUCCAGAGAGAUUAAUAAACCUUUUCUACUGUCUGAAUGAGUUAAAUGAUGAUUCACUCGUGAAAGAGAUCCAAAGUUACAUGAGCUCAGGACGUCUCUCUGAAGCUGCACUCUCACCUGCUCAGUGGUCUGCUCUGGUCUUUGUGUUGCUGACAUCAGAUGAGGAUCUGGAAGUGUUUCAGCUACAGAAGUUCAUAAAGUCAGAUGAAUGCUUUAAGAGGCUGCUACCAGUCGUCCAGCAAGCCACAACAGUUCUGCUCAGUGAUUGUAACCUGACAGAGAGAAGCUGCUCAGCUUUACACACAGUUCUCAGCUCUGAAUCCUCCAAACUGACUGACGUGGAUCUGAGCAGUAACCAUCUGGAGGACUCAGGAGUGAAGCAGCUUUGUGUUGGACUGGAGAGUCCAAACUGUAAACUGGAGAAACUGAGGCUGAAUAAAAGUAAUCUGACUGUGGAGAGCUGUUCAGCUUUAGCCAGCGUUCUCAAAUUAAAGUCCUGCAGUGUGAGAGAGCUGGACCUGAGCAACAACAGUCUGCAGGAUCCAGGAGUCACUCAGCUUUCUGCUGGACUGAAGAAUCCACAGUCUCCACUCAGAACACUGAGACUGUGUAACUGCAGUGUAGCAGCUGAAGGCUGUGCUGCUUUGGCUGCAGCUCUGGAAGAAAAUCCCUCACAGCUCAGAGAGCUGGAUCUGAGCGGGAAUAAAGCAGGAGACUCAGGAAUAAAGCAGAUCUCGAACCUCCUACAGAAUUCACACUGCCUCCUGGAAACACUCAAGCUCAGUGAUUGUAACCUGACAGAGAGAAGCUGCUCAGCUUUACACACAGUUCUCAGCUCUGAAUCCUCCAAACUGACUGAGGUGGAUCUGAGCAGUAACCAUCUGGAGGACUCAGGAGUGAAGCAGCUUUGUGUUGGACUGGAGAGUCCAAACUGUAAACUGGAGAAACUGAGACUGUGUAACUGCAGUGUAGCAGCUGAAGGCUGUGCUGCUUUGGCUGCAGCUCUGGAAGAAAAUCCCUCACAGCUCAGAGAGCUGGAUCUGAGUGGGAAUAAAGCAGGAGACUCAGGAAUAAAGCAGAUCUCGAACCUCCUGCAGAAUUCACACUGCCUCCUGGAAACACUCAAUUCCUGGGGCUGUAAUCUGACUGUGGAGAGCUGUUCAGCUUUAGCCAGUGUUCUCAAAUUAAAGUCCUGCAGUGUGAGAGAGCUGGACCUGAGCAACAACAGUCUGCAGGAUCCAGGAGUCACUCAGCUUUCUGCUGGACUGAAACACAGUCACUGUAAACUGGAGAUUCUGAGGUUUAAUGCAUGUGUUAUAACUGAUGGAAGCGGUUCGGCUCUCGCUGAAGUUUUGAGCUCUGAAUAUUCCCAGCUGAGAGAGCUGGACCUGAGCAACAACAGUCUGCAGGAUCCAGGAGUUACUCAGCUUUCUGCUGGACUGAAGAAUCCACAGUCUCCACUCAGAACACUGAGGCUGAAUAAAAGUAAUCUGACUGUGGAGAGCUGUUCAGCUUUAGCCAGUGUUCUCAAAUUAAAGUCCUGCAGUGUGAGAGAGCUGGACCUGAGCAACAACAAUCUGCAGGAUCCAGGAGUCACUCAGCUUUCUGCUGGACUGAAACACCGCCACUGUAAACUGGAGAUUCUGAGACUGUGUAACUGCAGUGUAGCAGCUGAAGGCUGUGCUGCUUUGGCUGCAGCUCUGGAAGAAAAUCCCUCACAGCUCAGAGAGCUGGAUCUGAGCGGGAAUAAAGCAGGAGACUCAGGAAUAAAGCAGAUCUCGAACCUCCUACAGAAUUCACACUGCCUCCUGGAAACACUCAAGCUCAGUGAUUGUAACCUGACAGAGAGAAGCUGCUCAGCUUUACACACAGUUCUCAGCUCUGAAUCCUCCAAACUGACUGACGUGGAUCUGAGCACUAACCAUCUGGAGGACUCAGGAGUGAAGCAGCUUUGUGUUGGACUGGAGAGUCCAAACUGUAAACUGGAGAAACUGAGACUUUCAGACUGCAGGAUAACAGAGGAAGGAUACACUGCUCUGGCUGAAGCUCUGAAAUCAUCCCACCUGAUAGAGCUGGAUCUCAGAGGGAACGACCCUGGAGCAUCAGGAGUGAAGCUGCUCACUGAUUUACUCCAGGAUCCAGACUGUAAACUAACAACACUGAGUUUGUUGAAACGUCCUGCUGCACAAGAGGCCUGUACUUGGCUAAAUUCAGUUUUAGAUGAAAACCCUUUACUCCUAAAAGAGCUGGAUCUGAGCAUGAAGGAACCAGGAGACUCAGGGGUGAAGAAGCUCUCAGCUCUACUGGAAGACUCUCACUGUAAAUUUCAGAAAAUUCGGCUGAAUAAAAGUAAUCUGACUGUGGAGAGCUGUUCAGCUUUAGCCAGCGUUCUCAAAUUAAAGUCCUGCAGUGUGAGAGAGCUGGACCUGAGCAACAACAGUCUGCAGGAUCCAGGAGUCACUCAGCUUUCUGCUGGACUGAAACACCGUCACUGUAAACUGGAGAUUCUGAGACUUUCAGACUGCAGUAUAACAGAGGAAGGAUACACUGCUCUGGCUGAAGCUCUGAGACUAAACCCAGCAUCACACCUGAGAGAGCUGGAUCUCAGAGGGAACGACCCUGGAGCAUCAGGAGUCCAACAACUUACUGACUGCAAAACUAACAAACUGACACUCAGGUUGUUGAAAAGUGCUGAAGCAGAGGAAGCCUACAACCUUCUUACUCGAAUGUUCAGUAAAAACCCCUUACUGCACACGGAGCUGGAUCUGAGCUCCAGAAAAUUAACAGAUGUCAGAGUGGAUCAGCUCUCGGCUCUGCUGCAGGAUCCACAUUACAGACUGCAGAAACUUACUUGCUGUUUUUUACAGCCAGAAGCGACUGUAUCCAUGCGGACUGUGCCUGUGCUGAUUGGAAAGCCGCUGACAAGCGUCAGUGAGAAAUCCUGCACUGCUUUGGCUUCAGCUCUCUGUACAAAUCCAUCACACAUCAGAGAGCUGGAUCUGAGUUGGUGUGAACUGGGAGACUCAGGAGUGGAGAAGCUCUGUGAUCUACUGAAGAAACACGAGUGUAAACUGGAGACACUGCUACUGAGGUACAGUGUCAGUGAGAAAUCCUGCACUGCUUUGGCUUCAGCUCUCUGUACAAAUCCAUCACACAUCAGAGAGCUGAAUCUGAGUGGGUGUAAACUGGGAGACUCAGGAGUGGAGAAGCUCUGUGAUCUACUGAAGAAACACGAGUGUAAACUGGAGACACUGCGACUGAGUUACAGCGUCAGUGAGAAAUCCUGCACUGCUUUGGCUUCAGCUCUCUGUACAAAUCCAUCACACAUCAGAGAGCUGGAUCUGAGUGGGUGUAAACUGGGAGACUCAGGAGUGGAGAAGCUCUGUGAUCUACUGAAGAAACACGAGUGUAAACUGGAGACACUGCGACUGUGUUACAGCGUCAGUGAGAAAUCCUGCACUGCUUUGACUUCAGCUCUCUGUACAAAUCCAUCACACAUCAGAGAGCUGGAUCUGAGUGGGUGUAAACUGGGAGACUCAGGAGUGGAGAAGCUCUGUGAUCUACUGAAGAAACACGAGUGUAAACUGGAGACACUGCGGUGAGUAACUCAGUCAGUGCGUUUACAUGCACAUCCAAAUCGAGCUGCUGUCGGUAAUCGAGCUAAGGGUCCCAGC